AUGGCUUCCCUCCCGGUGUCAUUGCAAGUAGCACUCGCAGUUUUCACCUGCAUAUUCCAUGCAGCAACAGUGACGUGCACAUCCCACCAUGACCGUACCUUCAAGACAUUCUCUUCCGCCAACGCCUCCAAGAACCACCACUGGGUCGGACCCAUCGGUCACCGUAAAAUCACUGUUGACAUUAACGGCGGUGGCCACUACCAGUCCGUUCAAGACGCCGUUAAUGCUGUCCCAGACAACAACAGAAGGAAUAUCCUCAUUCAAAUCAACGCAGGGUGCUACAGAGAAAAGGUGGUGGUGCCCGUGACGAAGCCGUACAUAACGUUUGAGGGGGCGGGUAAAGAAGUGACGGUGAUAGAAUGGCAUGAUCGAGCGAGUGACCCUGGUCCCAGUGGACAGCAACUGCGUACUUACAGAACCGCUUCUGUUACUGUUUUUGCCAGCUAUUUUUCUGCCAGAAACAUCAGCUUCAAGAACACAGCGCCGGCACCAAUGCCAGGGAUGCAGGGGUGGCAAGCGGUGGCGUUUCGCAUAUCGGGCGAUAAGGCAUACUUCUCCGGCUGCGGCUUCUACGGCGCACAAGACACACUUUGCGACGAUGCUGGGAGACAUUACUUCAAAGAAUGCUACAUUGAGGGAUCCAUCGAUUUCAUUUUCGGCAAUGGCAGGUCCAUGUACAAGGAUUGCUGGCUACACUCAAUAGCAACGAGGUUUGGGUCGAUAGCAGCCCACGACAGGGAGCACGAAGAGGAGAAGACAGGGUUUGCAUUUGUAAGGUGCAGGGUGACAGGAACAGGUCCUCUGUAUGUGGGACGAGCAAUGGGACAAUACUCCAGAAUCGUCUAUGCCUACACAUAUUUUGAUGACAUUGUUGCACAUGGAGGUUGGGAUGAUUGGGACCAUGCUGACAAUAAGAACAAGACUGUGUUCUUCGGAGUGUACAAGUGUUGGGGACCAGGAGCAGAGGCUGUACGUGGGGUCUCGUUGGCCCGAGAACUAGAUUUCGAAACGGCCCAUCCAUUUAUCAGGAAGAGUUUCGUCAAUGGCAGACACUGGAUCGCACCAUCUGAUGCUUAG